AUGGCAUCCAAUUCGGUCAAGGAGUCCGCCAGUAGCGCGGCGGCCUCCGCUCAGCAGGCGACCCAGGCCGCCAUUGAGAACCCCAAGCAAACCACCUCUGAGAUUCUACACCACCCGUAUAUGCGCGCCGCUCUACCCUUCAUCAACGGUGGCCUCGCCGGUAUGACAGCGACGGUCGUCAUCCAGCCCGUCGACAUGGUCAAGGUGCGUCUGCAGCUCGCCGGUGAGGGUGCCCGCACCGGUCCCAAGCCAUCUGCGCUCGGUAUCACAAAAGACAUCAUCGCCUCCGGGAAAGUGCUCGACCUCUACACGGGCCUGUCUGCCGGUAUUCUGCGCCAGGCCGUCUACACCACCGCCCGUCUCGGCUUCUUUGACACGUUCAUCAAAAAGCUGAAUGCGCGCGCCGAGGCCGCCGAGCGCAAGGUCACCUUCGGUGAACGGGCCGCUGCUGGUCUCUCGGCUGGCGGUAUCGCUGCUAUGAUCGGUAACCCAGCUGACCUUGCUCUCGUGCGCAUGCAAUCCGAUGGUUUAAAAGCCCCUGAGCACCGUGCCAACUACCGUUCCGUCUUCGAUGCUCUCGUCCGCAUUCCCCGCCAGGAAGGCUUAGCGGCACUUUGGGCCGGCGCCCUACCCACCGUCAUCCGUGCAAUGGCCCUCAACAUGGGCCAGUUGACAUUCUUCGCGGAAAGUAAAGCUCAGCUGAAGCAGCACACCACCCUGAGCACACAGAACCAGACCUUUGCGGCGUCGGCGAUCGCGGGUUUCUUCGCCUCUUUCCUUUCUCUCCCCUUCGAUUUCAUCAAGACCCGUCUUCAAAAGCAGCAGAAGGAUCCCGCGACGGGCAAGUUGCCGUAUCGGGGUGUGCUGGACUGCGCGCGCAAGGUGGUUGCUGAGGAGGGUUGGUUGCGCUUCUACCGGGGCUUUGGAACAUACUAUGUGCGGAUCGCACCUCAUGCCAUGGUCACGCUGAUUGUGGCCGACUAUCUCAACCUCAUUACCAAGUAA